AGCGUGUCUGAUCGCUCACCUUUCAAAGUCAUUGCAGUUCGACUUUUCUGGCAUCUUUGGUUAUGCCCUUUGCCUUGGCUGUCAAAUCACUCUCCUACGGCUUGGCGGCAGCUAGUUAGCAAGUUCUAAGUGUAUCUAAAAAAAACAAAAACAACGGUGUUUAACGGCAGCACGUUUUUGUCGUUUUUGGAUGGGGAAGCUACAAGUGGCUACUACGUUCAUAAGCAGUCCCGAACACGUUUUAAUCCAUGGACCGUUUCGUGUUCCAACAAACCAGAAUUCCUGGCUGCUGUGAAUCAAAUGUGAAGCAUACUCUUCUGAUGGCAAAGGAAGGUGAAAUUGGACAUUGGAAGGCGGAGAAAUCGCGACCAACAAUGUCUGCAUCUCGCUACCAUCAUCAAGGAUAAACAUGCUGUCGUUGAGCAUGUGAAAGGAUCUGCUCCUAUGGAAAGGAAAGUGAUAACUAAAGAGCCUUCGGCCUAUCUCUCCCUCCUUUGCAACACCCUUUCAUUGUGCAAGACAAUGACAGGGAUAAAAUAGCAGUCUCAGUCCGGAAGCCCAGAGUUCCUGGUCACGGACCACCUACUCCAGGUCCACCGAGAGGACACCAAGGUAUUCCCAGGCCGGCUGUGAGACAUUAUCACUCCAGCGUGUCCUACGUCUGCUCCUGGGUCUUCUCACGGUAUGGGGCAUGCCCAGAACACCUCCUCAUAGAGGUAUCCGGACAAGAUGCCCGAACCACCUCAACUGGUUCCUGUCAAUGUGAAGGAGCAGCCGCUCUACUAUGUGCCCCUCCCAGAUGACCCAGCUUCUCACCCUGUCUUUUAGGAGGUGGAUGCGAUCGGCCGACGUGAGGAUUCUGCGGCAGCUGGUGUCCGUGCACGAGGGUAUUGAGGCCAUGCGUUGGCUCAUGUUGGAUCGACGCGCCUUGGCCAGCCGUGACAGCAGUUUAACAGGAAGUGCGAGCAGCCUGGUGAUGGCAGAGGAGCCUGGACCCUCAGCAUCUUCAUGCAGGGAUGUUCCAAGCUCAACUGAUGCCGAAAAACUGCCUGGAAGCUUGAAGGCAGAAGGAUGGAAAAGCCGGAGCAGUUUCUCGGACUCACAACUUCAGCAUUCAGAGGUUUGUACAAAGGCCGAUGGAGGUCUCGUCCAAUCCACCACGAGGACAACAGGAGACACGAAGGCUGAUGAAAAGUCAAGAGAAGAGGUCAAAAAUAUGGCGAAUGAGAUUUUGUUUGGGUAUGAUGCUCAGUGGUGCUGGAUAGAGUCUCAGGAUGAUGUGACUUUUUUAUGAUUCUGCCAAUAGUGCAACUUGAAUGAAUUAUCAUUACCCUAAAGCAAUUUUUCUACAAUAGAAGGCCAGUAUUGUUGCGUGAAACUUGAAUAUGAAUGAAUAUGAAUAUGAAUCAGUUAUAUCACAUAUAUAUAUAUAUAUAUAUAUAUAUAUAUAGAGAGAGAGAGAUAUUUUCCUCUUUUGCUUUCAUGUAAUAGCAUUACAAAUACUGGUUAUUGCAUAUUGAAAUGUAUUUUCUGUUCUUUUCUUGAGUGUCUAUUAAGGAUCGGGACGAUAUUUGCGUUCUUUACUUGAAUCAGUAUCGGCCCAUACACACGGGGGGUCGCCGAUGUAUUUUUCUGCGGCAUGAAAAUUAAGUACGUGUGGUUAAGUUGAAAAAAGUUGAAUCCUACUCUGUACAAUAGAUGUUUUAUUUAUACUUAAUAAUAAUAAUAAUACAUUUUAUUUGUAUAGCGCUUUUCAAAAUACUCAGACACUUUACAGAAGAAUGGAGUUGAAUAAAAGCAAGUAAACAGAAUAAAAGAUACAUUAAAAUACAACAUUCAUUUGUUAAUACACAGUUAAUACACAGGGCGGGGCACAAGUUAAAAUAUGUUUUAUUUUAUUUCAUAUACAUCACAUGAAGAAUUAAAAGCACCAAACACCUUUUUACUUGAAAGUGUUUACUGGAAUGUGUGUUUAAGAAAGCUGAAUCUGUGUUCAGUGUUUACAUUUCAAUAAAUGUUUGUUUAAACUUGAGACCUGUAAUAUUUGUUAUCAUUGUCAUUUUUUCAUGUAAAUUGAGGGAGCAAAAGCAGUAUCGGCCACAUAUAUCGGCCCACGUAAAAUCGACAGUCGACAAUCGACAUAAUCGGCCAUCGGCUA